UCCAUCGCUGUCGUCCAUCUUGAAAUCGGAAGCAUAAGGACAAAGGUGGAACCGAGAAAGAGGGAGCAAGCACCAUAGAAUUCCAAAGGCGUCUCACGGCAUAAGGACCAAGAGAAUUUCUCCUUACCCCGAAAACGCCCUCGUUCCGCGCGGGUAGCAAACAAGCAAAAAGGAAAUGUUUUGGGACCCUGAAGAAAAUAAAAUAACAAAUUGCAGAGAGAGAGAGAGAGAGAGGAACCAAGGAGUCAUUUGGUGGGAAAAGACGCAGUCUCCCGCAGCGUUCGGACUCGGGUGAGGUGACGCGGCUGACGCCUGGGCUCCAUCCUCCCCUCCCUUCCCUUCUUCUUCUUCAACUUCUUCUCUCUCUUUCUCAAUCUUCCGCCAUAUCAUAUUUCUUACUCUGCUUAAAUUUCUGAAUUCAAAGAGAGAGGGAUAUGCUUCGUGUCGAUAAAUUUAGAAGAAACAGAUAGCAAGAAUUUCGAUCUUCUUCACCGACAGGAUUGACUCGAUUCUGAGUCUCUGACGUUCUAAUAGAGGGGCGGCUUUCUGCAUAUGACGUUGGCGGUGGUGCCGGAAGGGCCAGCGGCAGCACAGCCGUGUCCGAAGGUCUGCUUCUCUUUCGCGGCCUACGCGAAGAAUGUGAUCAGCCACCUGAAGAGCUGCCAAAUCCCGGUGGCGGAGGGGCUCUCCGAUGAGGAGUUUUCAAAGAUUGAGCGCAGCUUGAACUUCACCUUCCCGCCCGACCUCCGGUCGAUCUUGAGCGAGGGCCUCCCUGUCGGCAUCGGCUUCCCAGACUGGCGAUUGUCGACGUUCCGGCAGCUGAGGAUGAUGUUCGACCUGCCGAUGUCCGGGAUCGUUUACGGGGUCGCUAAGGGCUGGUUCUGGCACGACGCUUGGGGGCCGAGGCCGGACGGUGCGGAGGAGGCCAUUGCCCGAGCCAAGGAGCGCCUGAGGGAGGCGCCGGUCCUUGUGCCGAUCUACAGCCACUGCUACAUUCCCUCCAGUCCGGUGAUCUCCGGCAACCCCGUCUUCCUCAUCCACGACGCGCACUUCUACUACGCGGGCUUCGACGUCGCCGACUUCUUCCAGCGCGAGGCCUUCGUGCCCCUUGGAUUCCGCCCAUGCGACGCGUUGGUCCCGGCGAGAUGCUCCCUGGGCGACGACCAGGCCGUGCCGGAGACUCCCGUUCGGAGCGGCGGCAACACGCCGAGAAAAGCGGCCUCCCAGGCCCGGAUGAUCUCCAGGUAUAAAUACUUCAACGGCGACCGGAAGCACCCGUUGCCAAGCAACGCGCUGAACCGGUUCACGAUGCAGGCGCCGGCGUGGGUCGCGAAGGCCGCUCGGCGGAUCGACUUCUGGUCCGACCUGGUGGAGGGGAACGGCUGGUCCAACCGCAAUGGCGACGCGGCAGCGGUGGCGUCGAGGGAGGCGCGAGAUGCGAAAGAGCGGGAGGAGGAGGAAGUGGAGGUGGAGAUGGCAGUGGAGGAGGAGGUGGGGCUGAACGCCGGGUGGGUGGAGGCCUACCUUGUGGAGAUGGAGGGGAGGCUGAGGAGGGGCGGGUGGAAGGAGGACGACAUCAGGGAGAUGGUCGGCGACAACGGCGAGGCGAGGGAACCGGCGUGGCCAUCAUCGCCGGACAGGGAAAGCCUGGCGUCGCACGUCCGGCUGCUGUCGACGGCGCUCUGCAAGGCCGGGUGGAGCGAGCAGGACGUCAUCGAGGCGCUGGGGCUUUUCGAGGAAGACGACAGGGUGGAGAUCGUGCCGGUGGAGAACGGGGGUCAAUGAGGAACAGCAGUUUCUUUUUUCCUCUUUUUUUAUUAUUUUACAUUUCUUCUUUACUUGGGUAUGGUGAGUAAAGAAGCCCGUUCAACAGAGGCAGUCUCAUCACAAGAAUGUCUUGCGACUCUCUGGCAGAGGCUCCAUGUUUCAAGGAUAUAUAUGCAUAUAUGUCAUUCUUUACUGGGUUUCCCACUGAAAGGAAAGCAAGCAGCUUCUAGGUUUUUGGUGGUUGUCUUAUUGUUAGUUAGUGGAAAAUCUUGGGAGUGGUUUAGGUAGGGAAGGGAAGAUUGGUUUCUUCAGUCUUGCGUGUUUGGCGUCCGGCAAAGGAAGAUCUGCAGCUGUCGAUGGAAGGGAAACGCCGGAAUGGAGUUCUUUGGUGGUGGGGCUUUGGCUGUUCAUUCUUCAAAUAUCAUGGUGAGUAUAAUAUGUGAUUAACAUUUGAGAAAGAUAUUUUCCGAUCAACUGUAAAUGAUAUUAAUGUGGAACCCAUUAAGUUGGAUUGGCUAAAGGCUGAAUUUCACCCGAAUUUAGCAAGGAGAUGGUAGACCAGAUCCACUUUCUUGAGACGAACAACAUCAAAACCUAAGCUCAAUGUUCGUCUUUUGGUGCUUGGAAUGAGGUUCCAGCAUAGUGCCGGUCGUGAAAGUUGAACCUGAUUUCAUGGCACAUGCGGCCGAGCCCUCUUCUUCAACCGAAUGGAUUAAGGUGAACGGCAGGGCAGUUUCGAGUUCGAGUAACGUGUAGACGUUGAAUGAUGUGUUCUGGCCAGGGAUGUCCGGAUUGUUGAUUACUGAGCAAUAAAAAACUCUUGGCUUGACUUGGAAUUAGGGACGUGAAAUAUCCAACUUGUACGAAAUUUGAUGCAAUUGGUAUUUUGGAUUUGAAUUGGAAUCUUAUUCUGUAAAAUCGAAAUCAAAUGCGACUAAUAGAUUGAAUUG